GGUCGUAUGACAUAGAAAAAGGAAGGAAGAGGGGAGAAAAUUUGUAAUGUUAAGCUCGUUUGAUUAUGUUUCUUGUGAAUUUGUUGAGCUUAAAAUGUGAUGGAAUAUAUUAACUUGAUUCGGUGAGAGUUCUGAUAUAUUUACACUGGAGGUUUGCGUCGAUUAUUUGGUUAAAUAAUGGCGUUUGUGGGUGGACAUCUGAAACCCAAGGCUUAUUGGUAAGCCAUGCAAUGGGUCAACAGCAAGUAAAAGCUUUUGCGGAACGAGGAAGGUCUGGCAAAAAUAGCAAGUCGUUGAUAAAGAAUAAAGAUGCUGAAAAAUCCGAGUUACAGGCUUCUUCAGGUAAGCCAAUGCCAAGCACUGAAAUGCUAAACUCCACCUUUUUGAAUCGGUUCAAGUUGAUAUCUUAGGGUUUAAUGCAAACCACACAAACUCAGUGGCUUUUCUGCACGAGACUUUUAGUAGUUUGGUAGUGGUAUGCGGUAAGAUAUUUUCUGUUUGCUUUUGAGAUGGGUUGAAGCAGAUCAUUUUGGUCACAUCAGUAUAUUUAAACAGAGGUUCAUAUCCUCUGAAUUCAUAGAAACAAUCGGGUGAAGCUCUUUCAAUAGCUAGCGAGAUAAAACCUGGACGUCCGCCAUUUUAAUAUCAUCGUCAUAUAUCAUUGGCCAAAAAAUAUUCGCCCAGUGUUAACUCUUCCAUUCGAAAGAGGAUGAACUUAGAGAAAUGUUUUAUAAAUCGUGAUAUGGUUAUGCGAAUUCGUAAAAUUUCCUGUUCAAACUUAACAGAGCGCGCGUAAUUAGUGGUAGCGUAAUUGAUGAUUCCUUGAAGUUUGGUCAGCAAAGUUAACAACCAAACAAGCAUGAUCUAGGCUGAUCAAAAAGCUAAAAGUCACACAUUUUGCCGGUUUUGACUUAUUACGUAUUCUCCUUAGCGAUUCCAGUAUGUCUGGAACUAGUUGCUUAAUCUUGAAGCUCUAAGUCAAUGACCCUCUUGUCAAACAUUAUCUAUGCUUUCAUUAAACUUAUGAGUCAAUUGAACGUCAUAUUGUUGUUGUACUUGUAUAUUGUACAUAUCAUAUACAGGUUCGAAUCAGAAAUGUUUAUUUUGACUGUCCAAGGUUUGUCAACACUAAAACAUUCUUUUUAAAGUUAGGAAAUCUUGGAGUAACAUGUUGAAGGACUAAACACAUUAUCUUCAGAUAAUAAUUAUCUUUUAGUAAUAUUGUUAUCCUCAUGUUUCCAUCUUGAAACCUUGAUGUGUGUGUGUUGAUGUAUAUGUAAUUGUCUGGUGCAGUUUGGUUUUGGGAUUUUCCCAUGCCAUUUCUUUGUGUCAGGUUGCUGUUAGUAUUUCAGAUCAGUUCUAGAGAAUACCUUACAAAAAUUCAAAACACAUCAUCAAUACAAUUAGUCCGUAGAACAGGAAAAAAACUCCAAAUGUAGAUACGUGAUGCUGUUUUGGUACUUUUCAUUGUUCAAAGUACCGGUAUAUGCAAAUUCCUUGUCUGAACUAUUUUAUCUCUUGGAAACUAAAUUCCAUUAGAUUUUUUUACUUCACGUUUUUUUUCACGGAAUGUUAUAAUAGUUACCUACCAUUCGUACAUAGUUAGAUGCUGGCAACUUAUUUACUUUUUUGAAGUUAGAGGGAGAUUCUUAUUUGAAGGCCUGUGGGAAGAGGCUCAGAGCAACUAUAGAAUACAGGGCCAGGGCCACAGUGUAAGGUCUUACAGUCAAACCAGGUCAAGCGUUCCCGUCACUAACGAACUAAUGAAUUUAUUCACGGAAAAAUGAUUUCGUUUGUUGAUAUUCCAUUCUGUUUGAGUUCAAUUUUCUGAUUCCAUAAUGAAUGUUGUCAUUUUUUUGAAAAAUUCCUUUUUGACCUCACAAUUUUGUUUUUUCUUUUUUUUUUUUUCCUAAAGAGUUCAAACCCAAACCUGUUACAACGCCAGUUUGCUGCCUGCAAAAAGAUAUAGAAAAAAAAAAACUGGGUUUAAAGGGCUUGAUUUAUCAUGGAAGGUGCUUUUGCGGUCUGUCUAUUCUAGCUGUUAUUUUGAUUAAAGGCAAUGAAACUCUAUCAAAUACUUGAACAAAACAACAAGAAUAAAGAAAUAUAUAAAAAAUCAAAUUUGAUUAUGAAAAACAAUUUCCUUCAUUUUAUGAAUGGAAUUGAAUCAACAAACGAAAUAACCAUUAAUAAUUUUUUUUAUGGUGACUGUUUUUUGGAAGCACUAACCAUAAAACUUAAAUAAUUAAAUUUACUAAAAACUGAUAGAACCAAUAUUUUUGGAAGUCAAUUAAUGGAAUAGACAUUUUAGCUUUUCAAAACAAUGGCAAAUACAUGAACCAUGGCAUAGGCCCUUUAAACAGGAGUGUUUUGGUGGCUUACUAGUCAUGAUGAGUGUUGAAAGAAUGACAAAGAUUAGUGCUAAAUUAGAUAGUGAGCGAGUUGCAUACACUGUAUAAGUAACUAUUUUAUGGUCAAAAUGGGGAAAACUUUGAACAUCAGAAAUACUUCUGGAAUGUUAUUGUGUUGCAAGAAAAAAGCCAAUCAGGCGUAAGAAAACUAAACUGCAAACAGCAAUGGUAUUUAGUUUGUGAUUUUGUGGCCAGUUCAGGUGUCCUGAUCUUUGCUGUGAUUGGUCAUAACACAAUAAGGUCGCACUGUAAAGAGUAAGUAAAGGUAAAUAUAUAUUCUCACACACCACUGGUAGCCAUGCCAAGCCGACCGUAGUGGCUCAGUGGCUUAUCAGUAGGGGUUAGCAUCUUAAAGAAUAAAAAAUGUGCAUGGAUAUGUUAUAGCUAAUUUUUAUCUUUGUCAAUUAAUUUUUAUUUUUCCAUUAUUUUUGGGUAUGGUAAUUUAUGCUAAUGAAUUUGAAACAAAGGAGAAAUUAACUGAAAUAAAAAAUUAACUGCAACAUAUACAUUAUUUAGUCGUUCGUUAUCUUGGUGGCUCUUCAGUCAGGACUCCUAGGCUGCCGAGCUACCCCAAUGAAUAUAUCUACAGUAGAGAAUUGGUGCCGUACUCUGUAGGUAUGCCAGAGGCUCUUAUUUGAGGACUGAGGAACAUUAAUUUAUUAGUUGGGAGCACUUGCAUGGAUUUGACAGUUUUUAGAAUGAAGUGGGACAGGGGUUUAAUUCAAAUGGGCCAUCUACUUCAUGCUGGGUACUAGUUUGAGCACUGUGAUAAGUAAUAUGAAACGUAAUAGAAAUUAAUUUGCUUUCACAAAAACAUACUAUUCAUGAGUUUAUGGUGUAGUCCUGAAAGUAGUAUUUGGUUUAAUUAUCUUACUAUGUUUGUGUUUGCAUAUUCCUUAUUAUAAAGACCUUUCAAGAAGGCCUUUGCCAGAAACUCCGUUAGAACAGCAAGCUGCAAAUUGGGGUUCAAAGGAGGAGCUUUUAAGAGAGGACAACCAGGACAAAUCAUUAUUUGUUGCCAUUUAUGACUUUCAAGCCAGUGGCAGCAAUCAACUCAGUAUUCGAAUUGGAGAGGAGGUUGAGAUUUGGCGCUACAACGACACAAAUGAAUGGUGUGAGGGACAAAAAAGGAAUGGAAACAUUGGAUGGCUACCAGCCAAUUAUGUUAAACCAGUGAACAGCUUGGAAAAACACUCCUGGUAUCAUGGACAGAUAUCUCGUAAUGCCGCCGAGUAUCUCCUCAGUAGUGGAAUUAAUGGUAGUUUUCUUGUUCGUGAAAGUGAAAGUAGCCCAGGGCAGUUAUCAAUCUCAUUGCGAUUUGAUUCGCGUGUGUAUCAUUACAGAAUUAACAAUGCUUUUGAUGGACAAAUGUAUGUUUCAACGGAAAACAGAUUUGCCUCAGUUGCAGAGCUAAUUCACCAUCAUUCUGUACAUGCAGACGGACUUGUAACAACUCUUCACUAUCCAGCAGCAAAGACUGAUAAACCAGCUGUUUAUAGCUUUUCACCUGAGCCAGAUGAGUGGGAAAUACCCAGGACAGAAAUUGCUAUGAAGCAUCGGCUUGGUGGCGGACAGUAUGGAGAGGUUUAUGAAGGAAUGUGGAAGAAGUAUAAUAGGCCCAUAGCUGUCAAGACGCUCAGGGUUAGUGUUGUUUAGUUUAGUCAAUAUAUACACUUAAACCCAGUUACAGUGAGUACUUCCAGUGCAAAUACAGAGGCUGAUUUUGUUGAGUUCAUUACAAAUUACAUGUUGAGUCCUGUCCAUUGGGACACCUCUGUUUAGGGGACACUUUUAUUCAGAGGAGACCUCCAUGGGAUCUAUAUUACCCACGCUUACAAGGCAGCUCUCAUCCCAAAAGACCACAUUUCUCAUAUCUUGUUUUGAUACAUUCACUGUGACCAGGGCCUGCGAGGGGAUUCUUGGGAUCCGGGAUUUGAAAGACAUACAGUGCAGGAUUCGGGAAAACACAAAAAUUCUAGACAGGAUACAGGAUUUGACCGCUACUUGGGAAGCAUGUUCUGCCAAAAUCUUGGCAUGGGAUGCGGUUAAUUGGGAAAGAAAGCGGUGUGUGGGGUAGAUACAUUUGUAUGACAGAAGUUUGGGAUGCGGAAUUGUCGUUAAAAAGGAGCGGGAAUGUCAGAUCAGGACCUCCUUCCAGACCCUGUGUGACCUUUACAUUGACACUGAUGUUGUUGUUGGUGUUAUUGUUAUUAUUACAAUGUGUAAGUUACAUUAUUUAUUGUUGUUGGUCUUUUUGAGCAUAUUGCUGAUGAGAUCUCAUGUUUCAGGAGGAGACGAUGGAAGUAGAUGAAUUUUUAAAAGAAGCUUCAGUUAUGAAGGAAAUUAAACAUCCUAGGCUUGUCCAAUUGUUGGGUGUCUGCACGAGAGAACCACCAAUUUACAUCAUUACUGAGUUUAUGCCUCAUGGGAAUUUGUUGGACUAUUUACGAAGUCCUGCCAGCAAGGAUCUCAAUGCCGUCACCCUGAUGUACAUGGCAACUCAAGUAGCUGAUGCUAUGUCCUAUUUGGAGAGUAUGAAUUUUAUUCACAGGUAUUAUGGUGGACUCUUUAUGUGCAUGAGUGUGUAAGCUACUCUUGUAUUUAGAGGGAAGUAGACUAGAGGUGUCAAUUAGGAAGCCAAUGGGCCCCUUCUCCUGGCCAAUAGGGGCCCUCAAGGAACUUGAUGGAGGCAAAGUUAUCUGUAUAAAUUAUUAAUUUUAACAAAAACUACACAGAAUAAAUAAUAAGAGCAUACACUCCAAAUUGUUUGUGGUUAGUACUUAAUCUUUGACCUUGUGAAAGUUUUUUUGUGAUCUAAGAUGGUGGUCACAUUUUAUGCCACCACACCAUGUAUUUUGUGUAACCACAGAAUCAGUUACUCACUCAAAGUGAUAUGUGUAUACACUGCUCUUUGUCACUUAAUCACCCCAAUGGAAAAAGGGUUUAUUUUAUCUUGAUUGGGGAAGAACUAGAAUGUCACUCCUUUUUGUAGAAUCUCCAGAUCCUUUUUCAUGAGUGUCCAGAUAUUUCUUUAUCAGGGGUUGGCAGGUCUACUAUAAUUGAAUACAUUGUCGUUUAUUAUUCGCUUUUACAGAUAUUAAAGUAUAAAUAAGCUACUCUCAUCAUCAGUAGUUGGAUUUCCGUGCUGCUUAGCAGAAUGAGUUUGCUUUUGAGGCUGUUUUCUUGUAGUUGUAGAAAGGAAUCAGCUUUUACUUAAGUGUGACUGCCUGUCUCUUGACUUGAUUAAUCUUUUCACAGGGAUCUUGCUGCAAGGAACUGUCUUGUAGGGGAAAACAACCUAGUGAAGGUCGCUGACUUUGGUCUGUCAAGACUUGUGACAUAUGACAUCUACACUGCUCACGAGGGUGCAAAAUUCCCCAUUAAGUGGACUGCCCCUGAAGCACUGGCAUUCAACACAUUCUCAAUUAAAUCUGAUGUCUGGGGUAUGUUAUGUCAACAGUUUUAGUGAAGUAUAAAUAAUACCAUGCUUAGAGAGGUGAAGUAAAGUAACUGCAACCUUACUGCUACUUUGAAAACAGAAGAAUUUUUUAUGCUUUUUGACCCAACCAGCUCUCAUGUUACCCUAGCAGGAUAUUAUUUGGAGACCCUGAAGGAGUGAAGGCUUCCAAAACAAAAUCGAGGCUGUGCAUUAAGGAAAAUUGAAGGGAGUCCAAUGCUCUGAACCUGUAAAAUCUGGGGUGCCCAGCAUAUGAUUUGUAUGAAAAAUCUGAGAUUUUCUAGUCGCCCAAGACCAAAUGUUAGGCACAGUCCUGAAAACUCUUAUUAUUUUAAUUUACUGUGUUGGAACAUACAUGUAGAUACAUGUAUGAUGGUGAUAACGGCACUGGUGAUUCAGGGGAAGGGGUGGGUGAGGGAAUUUUGGGCUUCUUUUAUUUGUAUGACACUGUUGAGAAGACUGCAAAGUCUCGGAUCAAUCUCGCAAUAAUUGCCAAAUUAACACUAGAGUUUGCAGUCUUCUGCAGUGUUGGUGUUUUUAUGAAGUCCAUGUCACAAGACUGUAAUCCUGCCAGGAUCUGAUCACCAAGGGGAAACCAGAUAAUCUGUCCGAAUUUUUUUUAAAUCCUGUACCUGGAGCCCAAAAGGAUCUUGCAAUUCCCAUAGUUAAAAAAAUGUGGGAGUUUGCAAUCAUUGACAAUGCACACUUGCUGAAGUCUAGUUUUUCUGUCUUUUUCUACUUAAUCAUCUCUCUGUUGGGGAGGUUUGCAUGUGAGUCACCUUUCCUUCAUCAAUCUGCUACAGAAAGUCAAAAAAGUUUCAUUAAGUGGCAUUUUACUUCAAUUUUCUUUUGACCUGACAGCAUUUGGAAUUCUAUUGUGGGAGCUUGCAACUUAUGGGAUGUCACCAUAUCCAGGAAUUGACCUGUCACAAGUAUAUGAAAUGUUGGAAUCUGGCUAUAGAAUGCCUUGCCCUGAUGGUUGCCCUCAGGAGGUCUAUGACAUGAUGAAAAAAUGUGAGUUCAAUAGGGCCAUUUAUACAAGGAAAAAUAAGACGCGUCUUACAUAAGACGCGUGUUAAAUAAGACGCGAACUGUACCAUUUAUACGAGCAUGUCUUAUCUAAUAAGACGCGUCUUAGCUAAGCCGCGUCUUAUUUUAGACGAAAUGUGCUGUUUAUACGGAAAGUUCGCGUCUUAUGUAAGACGCGUCUUAUUUUUCCUCGUGUAAAUGGCCCUAAUAUUACCUUGAUAAUAUCACACUAGCGAAAUGUUUAUAUUGGCUUGGGCUUGCUUAACAUCUAUUUUAAGAAUUUAACUAGCAACAUCACAAAAUAAUAGUAUUCAUAGCGUACACAACGGAUCCAUAGCACUAGAAGGCUAAUAAAUCUUUAAAUACAGUUAAACAAAAUUUAAAAGUCUCUUUACUUUGUUUUAAUAAAACACAUAGGGCUUAAAAGAAUUUAAGCAUUUUCCGAUGAUAAAAUGCUAAUAAUAGACUAGUACAUUUUUUUACAAAACAAAGAAAUUUUGUCAAGUAACUACUUUUUAAAUUACCUACAAAAUCAAAAUUAACGUUAGAUAAAAUUAGAGAUUACUCAUCAAUUAUCCUUGGGAUCGACAAUCAGAAAGGAUUGUUUUCUGUUGACCAGUUGUAGAUCAUGAGAUAGGAUUCAUGAUUAUUAUUGCAGUUUAAGAUAAUUAGUGGUGCACAGUUGUUUCAAGAAAUUUAUCGAAGUUCCAACAGUGGCAACACUUGACCAAAUUGAGCAAAACACAAAAAUAACCACUCAAACCAAUAAAAGAGGGUAUAGUUACCAGUUAUGAUCUAGACAGGCUUUUGACUUUGUUGCGAUGUGUUUGUAGGUUGGAGUUGGGAUCAUGCAGAUCGUCCAACGUUUUCAGAGAUCCACAAGUGGCUGAACACAGUCUUUUCAACCAGUAGUGUUGACGAAGGUAAUUAAAGGUCUUUCCAAAAGUAGUUCUACAUUAAUGGGUUUAUCUUGCCAUCUGUGCAGCAUUGCUGCCGACCUCCUCUGAUUUGGGGAUGGCUUUUUGUGGAAGAUUUUUCGUGAGCUCCAGGUGUAUUUUUUCUUAUGGAAAUAGUGGAAAUCAAAGUGGAUUGCUGUAAAAACCACUUUUCUUUCAGUGAAGAAAACCAGCCAGGUUGUUGAGACUUUUAAAGCCACUGUCAGUAAAUUACAGCCCCUCACUGUAUGGAGGGUGUUACAUUAGGUUUAAUGAUGAUUCUUACUGGCUUCUCAAAAUAUUAGCUAUCGUUUAAAAAUAAUAAUAGUAAUAGUUCUUUUUGAGUACAGUAGUCUGCCCAAGUUGUUUAAAAGUUGGAAAGAACCGAUAUCGGCCUUCAGUUCAUGCCUGCCACAGGUUAUGAAAUGGUCAAGGGAAAGUCAGGGAAUUUCACUUUAAGUCAGGGUAAAUUUAAGUCUUGGAAAGAAGUCAGGGAAAAGUGAAAUUUAAAGAGUGUAUAUCUAUUUUUCCCUGUAGUUUUAUUGUUUUCUAACAUUUAAAAUUCUUUUUUAAUUUUCAUGGACAUAAAUCAUGUUUUACUGGUAAUUAUUGUUCAUGAAAUUGAACGACAAGCUGAUGUUGGAUUUUCAAGAGAAUAAAUCCUUUUUGCAUGUUAUGUUAAGGAACUAUCAAGUCAUGUACACUGCACAUGAUUUGCUGAAAGCAUAAAUAAGGUGGUGGAGAGGAUACUGUGAGGGGAGGGUUGAGUCAGUCAUCAGGACUAAUUUGUGAAAUUGUUAAUUCAGUUGAUCAGGGGAAUUUUACAUUUGUCAGGAAAAAGUCAGGGAAUUUCAGAAAACUCUGGCUGUGGUAACCAUGCAGUUGUUGAAAACGUGGAUAAUACUAUCCACGAGAUAUAUCUCUGUCUAAUUGAUAAUGCAAUUGCUUUCCCUAAUACUUAUUCACUGGGUAGGGAUUUAUACAGGUUUUGAACAGAUAAAUGGAACCAUUUGGGCAUGAAAAAUUAAAAUCAAUUUGUUAAGUUAUGCAGUGAGAGAACCAACGUAACAUUGACUGCCGAUGAUUUACAAUUUUUUCUCCGGAUUGCUUUUCUUUGCAGAGGUAGAAAAGGCUCUUGGAAAGCGGAAAAAGGAUAAAACUAAAAAGGCCAAGAAGAAAGGCGACACUGACGAACUUCCGUCAUUUAAGGAAGGCGACUACAUGAACAAGAAAGAUGAAAACUCGAAAUCAAAAGGCUCAGCCUUCAAGAAAUUUGCAAACUCAUUCAACCCUCCUGGGCCCCCACCAGAACCACCAGCUCGGCCAGCGGUGAAAGAACAAACUGUUAAUGAAGAACCGGAAUCUACCCAUCGCCAUUCGCUAACGGAAUCACAAGGGGGCCCCGCCAUGAGUAAUGUGCUUAAGGAAUUAGGAACAAGGUCUGGAACUCUUAGAAAGUCAUCCGAUGUAGCAAGAGGUAAAACACCCGAAAAGGAGGAUCAUCCUCCUAAAUUUGAUGCCAGUAGUUUACAGAAACGUCCUCCAGCACCUCUGCCAACAGAUUACCAACAUAAACAAGAAGAACAAAAAGAGCAACAGCAGCCGCAGGGUCAGCUGAGGCGUCCGCUUUUACCUCCAGGGCAUGAAAAGGGGCCGAAGCUGGGUGCAGCCACGCCUCAUCAAACCCCUAAUAAACCCCUCCCUUUCCAUCAGGGUCAAACUAAACCCCUGCCAGCCACACCUCGUCAAGCUGUACAAAAGUCUGUUUCUUCUCCACCGCCCGUCCCUGGUCAUAAUAAAAAGGUUUCAAGCCCUUUCAAUGAAGAUAUGAAGCCCAUAGAAGAGGAUCAACAGGAUGUUCAAAAUUCUAAGAAACCCAAACCAACAGGGGUUGCUGCCAAGCCAUGUCCUGCACGUGCCAAAUCAUCAGAUAAUCUACCUACUGACGGUGGCAAGCCAAGAAGUCCAGUUCCGCGCCCUCGAAACCGACCCCCACCACCUCCGCCCCCCGUUAAACUGAAGGAUACUGAAAAGUCAACUUCCAAUUCAAGUCUAGCUUCAAUUGAUGCCAGUGUAUCACAGGUAGUGAACAAUGAUCAUACUUCUUCCCCUAAACCACGCCCAUUACCCCGCGUUAGACACAGAGGAGAGCAGCACCCUAGUAGUGUUGACCAACUGCAUGGCACUCAAGAACACGAAAAUGGAAAAGGGGUGGCCACUCCUAGAAAGUCAGAAAGACCAAUGUCACCAACUGGAAAUGGACCAAACAUUUCUAGACAACCUUCCGUCAAGUCCAAACCAGUACUACCUCCUCCUUCAGUUCCAGGUGUUGCGAGAAAACCCAGCAAUAGUAGCAGCAACGCUGUUCAGCAAAAAGCCGUCCCAUCAGAGACUAAUCUGUCCUCUCCUGGCCAUAGACCAUCUCCUGGGGGACCUAAACCAAAACCCCCGGCCAAACCAAAUAUCCCCAGGAGACCUAAAAUCACCCCUCCCAGUUUUAAACCCGAUCCUGGUCUGUCCCCCCAAGUGAAUGAGAUAUUGCAGCUUUCUAAUCAAGGACAAUCAAAAGUUAAAGAGAUACUUUCUUUAACUGAUGCCCGAAUAAUGGAUGAUUCACAAAAUAAUUUACUUGACACUAUAAGUGAUCUUCAAAAAAUCUCCCGAGAGGUGUUGGAGUCUUCUUCAAGCUUAACUGACUCAUUGGGACCUCAAGCUAGGUUUAGAGUUCGUCGGACUGUAACAGAUCUUGAGAGCAAGUAUAGUGACAUUGAGGGUGUGAUGCAGACAGUUGGUCCUAAUGUCAAUGCAGUUGAUAUGGAAAGGAUUGGCAAGGUUGUUCACAGCUUUUCCGGUGCUUUGGACAGCAUUUGUAGCACUGUAAGAGCGACAUCAUCCUGACAGCUGUAACGAUGUAUUACUGUCCUGUCACGGUAAAAUGAUGUUCAUCUUUGUGUAAAUCUUUUGCCAGAAUUUUCUCCUUCUGUGAGUUAAAGCAUGUGGAGUUUUUAAUUUUUAUGUUCAACAGUGGAUGCUUAGGCAAAUUUAAUGUUGCUUUUGGCUGGUUUUUUUCUUUUUUUUUCUGGGACGCUCACUAAAUGCACUCAAAAAUUCCUUAGCAUACACCAUACCUUUUCGUAAAAGUACUGGAGGAUGAUUUCCAUUUAUGAAAAGGUUUAUUUUGUCUACUUGCAAUAAUUUGUGCAAAUAUUAAGAGAAACCUGAAAAGUACCACAUAGUUCUUGAAAUUGCCUGUAAGUAUUGAGGUCAGUAACGCGAAAAAUCUAGAUUUUGUAGCCCUGCGAGAAUCCAUUCUGACUUCAAAAUGAAGGUGACAUACGCUGGUGCAGAGGUUUAAAACGUCUGGCGCCAAAGAAUGAUAGAAAAUGGCAGCAAAAUAUAGGUUUUGUGACGAACGACCCUGUUUUGUCGCAACACUUCUUGUUCUUUUAUCUUUUGUGUCGACCCGUUACUUAGACCAAGUAAAAUGUCUGUAUUUCGUCUGAGCUAUGAAUCCCAGUAACAUGAUAUCCCAAAAGGAAAGUGUACAUUUGAAUUACUGAGAUCCGCUAAUAUCUGCAAAAGUUAUUAAAAUUCUUAUUUUUAUCACAAGGACUAUCACGUAUUGAAAUUGGACACAUGCUCAGAAUUACUCACGAGGGCUUGGAAAUUCAGAGGGUUACAAGAGUGUGUAUUAUAAAAUAUGUUCGAUUCGUGUCAAUUUUUCUUGUCACUUGAUUAUCUCAAUUUGUUAACACAUUUUAAAGACCUUGCAGAUAGAUAUUGGAGAAUUUAAGAAUUAUCUUUUUCUCGAUUAUAUGAAGAAUAGAAGAAGUUUAGGGUAUGAAAUUCACUGCCAGGAAAAAUAUUCGCU